UUCACAAUUUUAAAUCCCAACUACUACUCUGUUUCUCGCUUUUUAGAUUGUUUCUGUCUCGCCUCGAAAAUGACCUGCACUUGCAGAAUAGACAUUAUAAACCCUUGAAGAACAAAAAUCUUCGGAAUUAUCAUUUCCCUGAGAGGAAAAUAGACUUUUGCGGAUCAUUCAAUGUGUCAUUGGCGGCUGUGAAUUCGAAAGCUCUUAUCUUUAUCUGGGAAAGCUUUGCAAUUUAGGGUUUUUACUGGCAAAAUUGUUCAAGCUGCUUUAACGGAAGAUACGUGUUUGCUGAUCUCAAUUUGCUUCCACAAUGUUGCUUCAACUUCAAGUUGUGAAAGCUUGAUUCUUUUGGGACAUGAGCAUGUGCUGAGUGAUUUUCUCUUCUUCAUAAGCUCCACUUAUGAAAGUUUGAGUCUUUAUCUGAGACUGAAAAACAGAAAAUCUGGGUGAUGGCAUAAUCUUAUGCCGUGAUUUUGAGCUGGCUAGAGAAGAGCUCGUCUCUGUUUGUUAGUCAUGGUGAUCACUCUCUUAUUGGUGGUCUUCUAUGUUGGUUCAUCUCUGAGCCAACCUAUGCUGGCAUGUCAUCCCAGCGACUUAUCUGCGCUCAGGGAAUUCGCAGGAGCGUUGAAGAACAGGUCUGUUACUGAAACUUGGUUAAACGGCUCGAUUUGCUGCGAAUGGGAUGGUGUGUUUUGCGAGGGGAGUGGUUAUGUUUCUCGUCGAGUUACGAAGCUGGUUCUGUCUGGAAAGGGUUUGGAAGGUGUGAUUUCAGGUUCUUUAGGCGAGUUGAGUGAGCUGCGAGUACUUGAUCUCUCUCGUAAUCAGCUCAAAGGCGAAUUGCCUGCAGAUAUCUCCAAGUUGCAGCAGCUUCAAGUUCUUGAUUUGAGCCAUAAUUUGUUAUCAGGGUCAGUUUCGGAAGCGGUUUCCGGUUUGAAGCUGAUUCAGUCGCUGAACAUUUCGAGCAAUUUGCUGACCGGGAAUGUAUCAGAUGUUGGAGUGUUUCCUGGUCUCUUGAUGCUUAACGUAAGCAACAACUUGUUCCAAGGUGAGAUUCAUCCUGAGCUCUGCAAUUCAUCUGAUGAGAUUCAGGUUCUUGAUUUAUCGAUGAAUCGUUUGGUGGGCCAACUUCCGGAUUCUCUUUACUCGAUCCGGGGCUUGGAGAAACUCUCAGUCUCUGGAAACUACUUAUCCGGACAGUUAAGUGAGAAGUUGAGUAAUCUCAAUGCUCUCAAGUCUCUGUUGGUGUCCGAGAACCGGUUUUCCGGUGUAAUACCAGAUGUUUUUGGUAACCUCACUCAACUGGAACACCUAGACGUAAGCUCCAACAAGUUUUUAGGGAGCUUUCCUUCAAGCUUAUCUCAAUGCUCGAAACUGCGGGUGCUUGAUCUUAGGAACAACUCGUUAUCCGGUUCUGUCAAUCUUAACUUCACUGGAUUGCCAGAACUCUGCGUCCUUGAUCUUGCUAGUAAUCAUUUCUCUGGUCUUCUUCCUGAUUCACUUGGCCAUUGCACCAAGAUGAAGAUCUUGAGUUUGGCGAAAAACGAGUUCAGCGGCAGAAUCCCCAACACCUUCAAGAAUCUGACGUCUCUCUUGUUCCUGUCUUUAUCUAACAACAGCUUUGUGGAUUUGUCUGAGACAAUGAAUGUGCUUCAACACUGCAGCAACCUCUCCACUCUCAUCCUCUCAAAGAACUUCAUGCACGAGGAAACACCAAGAAACGUCACCGGUUUCGAAAACCUCAGGAUUUUAGCUCUCGGAAACUGCGGUCUUAAAGGUCGGAUUCCGAGCUGGUUAUUGAGCUGCAAGAAGCUAGAAGUUCUUGAUCUCUCUUGGAAUCACUUCUACGGAACUAUCCCUCGUUGGAUUGGUCAGAUGGAGAGUCUGUUCUACAUAGACUUCUCGAACAAUACUUUAACCGGAGAAAUCCCUGUAGCCAUAACCGAACUCAAGAGCUUAAUCCAUCUAAACUGCACCGACUCUCAGAUGACCGACUCUUCUGGAAUCCCUCUGUACGUAAAGCGGAACAAGAGCUCGAGUGGUCUUCCCUAUAACCAAGUUUCAAGAUUCCCGCCAUCUAUCUAUCUAAACAAUAACAGACUCAACGGUACGAUCUUGCCGGAGAUAGGACGUUUGAAGGAGCUUCACAUGCUGGAUUUGAGCAGGAACAACUUCACCGGGAUGAUACCUGAGUCCAUUUCAGGGCUUGACAAUUUGGAGCUUCUUGAUUUGUCUUACAACCAUCUCUACGGCUCGAUUCCUCUGUCCUUUCAGAGUCUCACUUUCUUGUCAAGAUUCAGCGUCGCGUAUAACCGUCUCGUUGGCGCCAUUCCAUCAGGAGGUCAGUUCUACAGCUUCCCUCACUCGAGCUUCGAAGGAAACUUGGGACUCUGUCGUGCGAUUGAUUCUCCUUGCGAUGUUCUGAUGAGUAACAUGUUGACACCGAAAGGCUCUCCGCGUAGUCACAACAAUGGAGGAAAGUUUGGGAGAACCAGCAUUGUUGUACUUACAAUAAGUCUCGCCGUGGGGAUUACUCUGCUUCUCUCUGUUAUCCUACUAAGACUCUCAAGAAAAGAUGCUGAUGAUCGAGUCAAUGACAUCGACGAGGAGAUGAUCAGCGACGUUCCUAAAGCUCCGGGGACAUCAAAGAUCGUGCUUUUCCAUAGCUGUGGAUGCAAAGACCUGAGUGUAGCGGAUUUGCUCAAGUCUACGAACAGUUUCAGCCAGGCCAACAUCAUAGGAUGUGGCGGGUUUGGUCUUGUGUACAAGGCGAAUCUACCUGAUGGCUCCAAAGCAGCGGUGAAGAGGCUUUCCGGUGACUGUGGGCAGAUGGAAAGAGAGUUCCAAGCAGAAGUUGAAGCAUUGUCGAGAGCAGAACACAAGAAUCUCGUCUCUCUUCAAGGCUACUGCAAGCAUGGUAACGAUAGGCUGCUUAUUUAUUCGUUUAUGGAGAAUGGUAGCUUGGAUUAUUGGCUGCACGAGCGUGUAGAUGGGAAUAUGACUCUCAAAUGGGAUGUGAGACUGAAGAUAGCUCAAGGAGCAGCUCGUGGGCUUGCUUACUUGCAUAAAGUCUGUGAACCAAAUGUUAUCCACAGAGACGUGAAAUCGAGUAACAUUCUCUUGGACGAGAAGUUUGAAGCUCAUCUUGCGGAUUUCGGGUUAGCCAGGUUGCUUAGGCCGUAUGAUACUCAUGUGACGACUGAUUUGGUGGGGACAUUGGGUUAUAUUCCUCCAGAGUAUAGCCAGUCUUUGAUUGCGACUUGUAGAGGAGAUGUUUACAGUUUUGGCGUUGUGCUUUUGGAGCUUGUUACUGGUCGUAGACCUGUGGAAGUCUGUAAAGGGAAAAGUUGCAGAGAUUUGGUGUCUAGGGUGUUUCAGAUGAAGGCAGAGAAGCGUGAAGCUGAGCUUAUUGAUGCAACGAUACACGACAAUCUGAAUGAGAAAGCGGUUUUGGAGAUGUUGGAGAUUGCUUGCAAAUGCAUUGAUCAUGAGCCUAGAAGGAGACCGUUGAUUGAAGAUGUCGUUGCUUGGCUUGAAGAUUUUCCAGUUGAGUCUGUUCAACAACAAUGAAAUCCCUUCUUAAUUACCUUAGUUUUUGGAAUGAAAUGGAGAGUGUAGAUCACUGGUUUUACUUUUGGUUAGAUAUAUAAACUUGGGGU